CGCGGAAAUCGACUGCCGUUUGAGUAUGCUUUUGCGUCACAGUCGAUAGCGCGCCGAACCUCGGGCUAGAAGGUCGAGGGUUCGAGACCUGCUCCCUGCUGUUUCAUUAAAUUCAUUACAAUAAUAAUACAUGUUCAACCGUUUUAACAACUGUCCACUGAUUGGUGGAAACGUUGCAAAUAUCCCGCGAGUUUUAAAUUGAUUGACAGCUCUAGAGCACUGGUCGACGUUCGUCUUCGAAGUCCACUCAACUAAAAGUCCAUCGUGAAAACAGAUGCUCGACGGUGAAAAAAGUCAAGAUGUCAGUGGUUCAGAUGGUGAAGAUCGUGGGUCUGGGGGCUGUGGCCCUCACUCUCAGUGUGGAGUGGUUGGGCUGGCUCUUCUGUCGCCUCUGGCCCUGGAAAAUAUCCAGAGGGCCCCUGAAAGAAGUCUUCUUUUUCCCUACAGAGGUCGCCUGCACGGAGCGUCUCUUCACUCCUAACUCACCAUUCCCCUGCCCCUGUCCUUUACCCCACAACAUCAACACCUCCUUCACCCGUCUCCUGGGCCACAUCCUGUCUGCCUCCUCCUCCUUGGACCUGUGUGUCUUCGCAUUUACCAACCUGGACCUGAGCCGGGCCAUGCUGGCCCUCCACACCAGGGGCAUCCCCAUCCGUAUCCUCACUGACAUGGACUACACCCUCAUCACCGGCUCCCAGAUAGGGGCCAUCCGCAGAGCAGGCAUCUGUGUGAGGUGUGACUCCGGCGCCGUCCACAUGCACCACAAGUUCGCCGUGGUGGACGGCCGGCGCCUAAUCACCGGCUCCCUGAACUGGACGCUGACCGCCAUCCAGAGCAACAAGGAGAACAUCCUGGUCACGGAGGAACCGGACCUAGUCCUGCCCUUCAUCACUGAGUUCCAGAGGCUCUGGGAUGUCAAUGACCCGGCUAGGAGACACCUGCCGUCCAUCGCUGAGAAACCUGCUAGUUUAGUACUAUAGAGAGACAGAGAAACAUGGCUGAAAUGUUGGUAUGGUCAGUCAGUAGCUGGUGGUUACUUUUGGUUUACCAACUGGUACGGUGAUUAUGUAGAAUGUUUUAUUAUAUUUUCCAUUUGUAAGAAACCUGCUAGUUUAGUAUUAUGGAUAGAAAGGUGUAUGGGCCUUAUCUGGGACAAACCUGUCCAAAUAAAAACAGUAUUUAUAUAAGUGUAGUGUGGUACAUUAGGAUUGGGCAGUACUGGUCAAGUACAUGAUGUAUAAUUUGGGUAGUUUGCUAUCUAGUAGUUUUAUAUUUUUUUUCAAUCUCAGAUAAACCUGCUCAUCCACAUCUUAUCAGAGAAACCAGCUUUCUUCGUCAUGUAGAUAGACUGAGAGAAACAUGGCUUUCAUCUGUAGUUUCCUACUUCAGUAGAAGUAAUAUAUUUUUGACAGAUCAAUAGCUGCUUUAGACUGGUGUGGGGAUGAUGUAGAAUGGGUAGUUUGAUAUUUUGUACUUGAACGUUUUUUUUAUAGUUUUACAUUGUUUUACAUUGAGGUAUUUUGUUAUUGUACACAAUGUUGUAUAUAUUUUAAUACAAAGUCAUUCGAA